AUGAGCGGAAAGGCUGCAGUCCUUGCUAAGCACGACGACGACGUCGUGGUCGUCUCGGCUUACCGAACAGCCAUUACAAAGGCGCGAAAGGGAGGCUUCAAGGACACUCAUCCAGAGGAGAUGCUCGCAGCAGUGUUGCGCGCCGUCUACACCAAGGUCAACUUGGACCCAAAGCUCAUUCAAGACGUCUCUGUUGGCAACGUUCUUCCCCCUGGUGGAGGGGCCACUGUUGCGCGAAUGGCUCAGCUCUACGCCGGCAUCCCGCACUCGGUGCCACUCAGCACUGUCAACCGACAAUGUUCGUCUGGUUUAACUGCCGUACAUCAGAUUGCAAAUGCUAUCAAGUCGGGAGACAUUGAAAUCGGCAUCGGUGCUGGUGUCGAGUCGAUGACAAUGGGCUAUGGACCUAGUGCUCAGCCCGCGUCCAUGUCCGAGGAGGUCAUGUCGAAUCAAGAGUCGGCAGACUGCCUCAUCCCCAUGGGCAUCACCUCUGAAAACGUCGCAGCAGAGUACAAAGUCACUCGCGACGAACAAGACGCCUUUGCCGCCGAGUCGUUCCGACGCGCCGCCCAAGCUCAAAAGGAGGGCAAAUUCAAGUCUGAAAUCGUCCCCGUCAAGACAAAGAUUACCGACCCCAAGACGGAAAAGGAGAGUGAGAUUGUCGUCGACUCGGACGAUGGUGUCCGAGAGGGCGUGACAAAGGAGAGCUUGGCCAAGCUCAAGCCCGCGUUUUCUAAGACGGGGAGCACGCAUGCGGGUAACGCCAGUCAGGUCUCUGAUGGUGCCGCUGCUGUCCUCCUUGCCCGACGCUCGACGGCCAAGAAGCUCGGUCUGCCCAUCUUGGGCAAGUUUGUCACCGCGUCCGUCGUUGGUGUUCCACCGAGAAUCAUGGGUAUCGGUCCGGCUGUUGCCAUCCCUGCCGUGCUCAAGAAGACUGGUCUCCGAAAGGAAGACGUUGAUUUCUAUGAGAUUAACGAGGCCUUUGCGAGCCAGGCAGUCAUGAGCGUCAAGACGAUUGGCAUUCCAUUUGAAAAGGUCAACAUCAAUGGUGGUGCGAUUGCCAUAGGUCAUCCUCUCGGCGCGACCGGUGCGCGUCAAGUCGCGACUGGAUACGCCAUCUCUCGUCAAACUGGUGGCAAGAUCUUUGUGACGAGCAUGUGCAUUGGUUCCGGCAUGGGCAUGGCCGCAGUGUUCACGAGCGAGCAGUAA